GAUUUAUUAUAUAUAUAUAUUUUAAAUAUUUUUGGAACUUGUAUAUUCCUAUACACUGCCAAGCUUUUUACCAUUUUCAUCAUCAACCAAAACCCUUCUCAUAGCCUACCCUACCUAUCUAUCUAAAUACCUUUUCAUUCAUUCCAUCUCUGUGCAAUAACUUUUCCUUUUUAAUCCUAAGGGGACACUUAGGGUGCUCUUUGGUUGUGUUGGUGAAGUGGGUUUGUUAGUGUUUAUCCAAUAUCUUCAUAAGAACCAAGUUUGGUUGUUGGUUUGGUUUAGUUACUGGAUAGAGAGGGCUCAAUUACCAAAAGCUGAUAGCAGAGGGAAGGAAAGAGAUGGGUUAGAUUAGACUAGUUGGUUUAUUUGAGUAUUUUUAGGGUGACUUUUUUAUGUGUAGAUGGUUUGUGUUGGUGUUGGGGUGAUGGAAGUGGAAAUAUUGAAUGGCAGGGCCCUUUGGGAGAGGCAAACACAGCAGCAGCAGCAGCAACAUCAACAAGAGCAGAAGCAACAGAAGUAUCAGGUUUCAGUGUGGUGGCAGUUGCACAAUAAGCAACAACAGCAAAACCAAAGCAACAACAACAACCCAUUAAGCUUAAGUUUACUUCUGCAAUAAAAGCUGGAACAGGAAAAUCUCCAUAGCCUGACUCUGGAUCCUCAAAGGAAUCAUCAUCAUCUUCAUCUUCAUCAUCAUCAGCAACUUUCCAAUUCAACCCAUGUAGACCAACAGGAAGAAGAAGCAGAUGAAGAAGAAACUGAACCAGAACAACAACAACACUACCAGCUUUUCCUUCCAAGAUUAGGCUUAGAUUCACAAUUCCAACACCACCAACAACAGCAGCAGCAAUCCCACAAAAAACGCUCUUUUUCCCCAUCUUCUUCUGAAGUCCAAUAUGCAAGAAAAAUGGGGGAGAGUCAGAAUCAAGCAGCAACAACAACUUCAAGAUUGGGGAUAAGAAACAGCGGUGGAGGCGAGAUCGUUGAGGUCCAAGGAGGUCACAUUGUUCGCUCAACAGGAAGAAAAGACCGCCACAGUAAAGUUUGUACUGCAAAAGGCCCUAGAGAUCGCCGUGUUCGGCUCUCAGCUCCUACAGCUAUUCAGUUCUACGAUGUUCAAGACCGCCUUGGCUACGACCGCCCCAGCAAAGCCGUAGAUUGGCUUAUCAAGAAAGCAAAAGCGGCCAUUGAUGAACUUGACCAGCUACCUCCAUGGAAUCCAGAAACUGUAACUACUAGUAUUACCACUACUGAAACAAGAAAAGCUCAACAAAAUGAAACAACAAAUCAAGAUAGAGACUUUCAGUUUCCCAGGAGUUCAGAGGCUGCAAUGGGCGGUGGUCGUGGUAGUUCUGAUGUUCAAAAUCUUAAUAUGGUUGAAAAUCCGAACCAAAGUUCGAGUUUUUUACCACCAUCUUUUGACUCAGAUUCAAUUGCUGAUACAAUCAGGUCGUUCUUCCCAAUGGGUGCUACAGCCGAUUCACCUUCAUCUAUUCAGUUUCAGAGUUACCCACCAGAUUUGCUUUCGAGGACUACAAGUCAUAGCCAAGAUCUAAGGCUUUCGCUCCAGUCAUUUCAGGAGCCAAAUAGUUUUCUUUCACAGCAUCAACCACAUCACCAGGCUCAUUCUCAACACCAACAACAUACCAAUGAGCAAGUCCAGAUUUUGUUCUCUGGAACAACCCCACUGGGGUUUGAUACCUCUUCUGCUGGGUGGUCUGAAACUGAGCAGCAGCAUCCCCAUCACCACUCUGCAGAAAUGUCCAGGUUCCAGAGAAUUGUUGCUUGGAAUAAUAGUGGAGGUGCUGAUACUGGUGCAAGUGGAAGUGCUACUCGUGGUCGUGGAGGAGGCUUUAUGUUUAAUUCACUGCCAACUCAGCCACCACUGCAGCCCUUAUUCGGCGGCCAAAGCCAGUUGUUUUUAUCUCAGAGGGGACCCCUUCAGUCCAGCAACACGCCUCCAGUUCGUGCUUGGAUAGACCAGCCAUUUACUUUCACCAAUGACCACCAACAUCAUCAUCAAAUUCCUCAGCAAACUACCCAUCCAUCUGUGAUAUCCGGCAUUGAAUUCACCUCUUCUGUUGGUGAGUUCUCUGGAUUUCUCAUUCCAGCACGAAUUCAAGGCGAAGACGAGGAACGUGAUGGUAUUCACAACAGGCCAUCUUCUGCUUCCUCUGAUUCUCGCCAUUGAAUGACCUCAAAUACCGUAAUCCUUGCCCUUUAAAGGUCUUCUUGAAUCUUUACUAAGAGAUUGAUGUGGAAGCUGCUUUGAUGGAUUGAAGACCAGUUAAGAGGGAGAUUUGGAUCGUUUUUAGUUCAAUGGCCUUAACUGUGGAAGAGGAAAUCUGGAUGGAUUUCAGGUUUUUCAUUUCUCAGUUGUUUAGCUUCUAUAAUUCAGUUGAUUAGGAUUGUAUCUUGGUUUUGAGUGAACUCUUAGAGCUCAACUGUGUUUGUUUUCUGUUGGCUUUCUAUGUGUUCAUGUUGCCAGACUUUUUUUUGCUAUGGUUGUUUGUGUUUUUCCUUCUGUUGCUAGUUUGCUAUUAAGAAACAAAUUUGGUUUGUGGUU